UUCCCGAUCAGAUUUGAAUUUGGCGGGCGGGCGUUUCCAACCACCUUCCUCCUCGACGCCCUUGGUCGUCGUCCAUCAUCUCACAUCAUUGCUGUGCUGUUGUUGUUAGACUACUACUGGCGGCCAACUUACUUCAGCUUUGAUUGCCAACAAGCAGGUGUCCUCUCCAACAAGGGUUUCCUGUCUACCAACCGGAAUUACGGAGGAUUGUGUUGUUUUGGGUUCGACAAGAGUGGUUUUACCGACAGGAUCGCAACAGACCAAGACGCCAAAGACAUUCUCAGCUUUUCUUCCAUCGCAGCAUUGGUGCUGUCAACAAUCCUCAAUCAUUUAUUUGUGCCACCCGAGCGCCCCGACAAGGCAUAGAACUCAACAACCAUGGAUGUGGGACAUAAUGAACUUGUGGACCGCUAUGAGGGAUUCCUCCGAAGUGAGAAAUUUGGCCAUGUCGACAGAAUUGCCACUGCCAUUGAUGAUUUUGCACACCACACCCGUGGAGACAAGCGAGUAGCCGGCUAUGGCUGCCCUCGGUUGUCAGUCAGCAUGGCCGAAUUGAGAUCGCAUGGAGAUGGCUCGCUCAGUCAACAAAUGCGAUUGAAUCCUCUGCCUCAUAUUCGGGCUUUAGAGGCUGCUUGCCACAGCAUCGCCACAGAGGAGCGGCCUGGAUACGACAAAGAAGAUAUCAAAAUGAAAGUGGCACUUUCAGGGCCAGUGGGGGCUUCCCCUUCUUGUCCACGCAGCCUUACAUCUUCUUCACUUCGCCAACUGGUUUGUGUCGAAGGAGUCGCCACCAAAGUCUCAACUGUCAAGCCAAAGGUCGUCAAGUCUGUCCAUUACUGCCCAAACACCCAGAAACAUCAAACUCGAACCUACGUAGAUGCGACAGACCCUCAAUUGGGAUUAAAGGAAUUGGAUGCGGAAGGCCGAGAACUGCCUGACAAACACAUCAACAUUACCAACGCUGUUUAUCCUACCAAGGACGCUGACGGGAACCCAUUGGUAACCGAGUUUGGCCUGUCGGAAUACAAGGAUCACCAAACCAUCACGUUGCAAGAGAUGCCUGAAAAAGCACCCAUGGGACAACUCCCUCGAUCCGUUGAUCUCAUUCUUGAUCAUGACCUUGUGGACAAGGUCAAACCUGGGGAUCGCAUCGUCAUUGUAGGAGUCUAUCGCGCACUCGCCUACCAAGCAACCAAAAGACCCAGUGCAAACUCUACCUUCAGAACUGUCGUCCUGGUCAACAAUGUUCAGAUUUUGGGACGCGAUGCCAGUCAGUUGACUUUCUUGCCGCAAGAUAUUCGCAUGAUCCGAUCCUUGGCCAAACGCGACGACAUCUUGUCCAUCUUGGGAAGGAGUCUGGCACCUUCCAUUUACGGGCACGGCGUAAUCAAGAAGGCACUGGCCCUUCAAUUGCUGUCAGGGUGUGAAAAGAACCUCGAGAAUGGUACGCACCUCCGUGGAGACAUCAACAUUCUCAUGGUCGGCGAUCCUUCCACUGCCAAGAGUCAGUUGCUACGUUCCGCCAUGACUAUCGCCCCACUUGCGGUCUCUACCACUGGAAAAGGUUCGUCUGGUGUUGGUUUGACGGCUGCAGUCACUUCAGAUCCAGACACCCGAGAGCGCCGUUUGGAAGCAGGCGCCAUGGUCCUUGCCGACAGAGGUUUGGUUUGUGUUGAUGAGUUUGACAAAAUGGGGGAGAACGAUCGCGUUGCCAUCCACGAGGCAAUGGAACAGCAAACAGUGACAAUUGCCAAGGCGGGUAUUCACGCCAGUCUGAAUGCCAGAUGCUCAGUGCUUGCCGCUGCCAAUCCUGUGUACGGACAGUACGACCGGAGGCGUCGGAUUCAAGAGAAUAUUGGCCUCCCCGACUCGCUACUCAGUCGAUUCGAUUUGCUUUUUGUCGUCUUGGACCAAAUGGACCCCGAAUGCGAUCGUCGCAUUGCUAGCCAUGUCAUCACGGGCCACCGUUACCGUCCUGAUCACGGUCAAACAGGUCAUGACAGUGACUACGACGAUGAUGAUUCGGACGAGGAGUGGGGAGACGUAGGCGAAGAGUCAAAGGUGCACUCUGUUUGGCAAAGAAGUCGACAUGCCUCUAUGCACGCCGCGAAUAAUCCUAACAACGACGGCGAAGAAACAGACCCACACGCCCAUGACGUUCUUCAGCAUGAUUUCUUGCGCAAGUAUGUUCACUUUGCCAAAACUCGAGUCAAGCCCAUCUUGACCAAUGGCGCCCGCGAUCUCAUUGCAAGCCGAUACGCGGAAAUGCGUUGUCGCCAGGAUGAACGGACAUUGCCAAUCACAGCUCGUAGUCUCGAAACUGUGAUUCGUCUGGCAACAGCUCACGCGAAAGUGCGCCUCAGCAACAAGGUCGAAGCGGAGCCAGAUUGCAGAGCGGCAAUGGACAUUCUCAGCUUUGCUUUGUACCAUGAAAACAACGACACCGUCGACGGUGCUGCCCCAACAGCUUCACCUUCCAAGAAGAGACCCCAAGAAGUGUCUGAGGAUGAGGAGGGUUUUGUGGAGGACGAAUCCUCCGAGAGCACCGACCCAAAACGCCAACGUGUCUCUGCCGAUUCCCUUCAAAGUAUCAAGACGCUCUUGUGGGAAGAAAUCUCGAAGGAAGGUGACAUUGCGUUGGAAGACAUUGGGGCUAACUUUGGUGACCAAGAUCAAGUCAAAGCGGCGAUCCAGGCGCUAACAGACGAAGGUCGGAUUAUCGUGGAGGACGGAACUGUGUUCCAGAUCGGCUAAGCGGCAAACAAUCUUGUCGCGAAGCUCUCCUGGGGAACCGGUUGUGGCAAGCAGUGACGGAACGGCAACCGUACCGUAGACGACAGAGGGGCGCCGGAUCUGCUGUGUGAAGAAUCUCAUCAAAGAAGAAACUAUAAUUGUGGCUGUCAGUUAAACAUUUAUUAAGAAAAGUUGAUUGUACG